CUGAGCGGGGCCGAGCGUUGCGCUCGGCCGCGGGCAGGAGGCGGGGGCGAGGCGACUGGGCCAUGGGGCCGCUGAGGCAGCAGUGUCAUGUUGGAGGAAUGUAACAUUUUUACUGCCCCACUAACUCACUGGAAAUAUUGGUUCGUCUCUGCCUGCAGUGCCUAUCCGAUCUCAGUGUAGCCCAGUGGAGGAAGAAGAGCAGCAGAUAGAUUACAGAGAACUUGUUUGUGCUUCAUGGAUGUAAUUGUUUGUCCAAGCUAAACAGGAUGGAUGGGAAGAACUGGUACUAAGUUCCAGAUAACAUGGUUCUAGCAGAGUCCAAGUCUUUUCUUUAAAGAGAAGUUCUGGCAUCUCGGAGGCUGAAAACCAAACACUUGAGUAAACAAAAAUGGAAGGAGGCAACAGUCCAAAUCUGCAACUUCAGCAACUCCCACUGGCCACAGCAGCGGUUUCUGUGCAGCCACACACAGACUCCUUUUCUUACAAGGAGAACUUGAUUGGUGCAUUACUAGCUAUUUUUGGGCAUCUUGUUAUCAGUAUUGCACUCAACCUUCAGAAAUACAGCCACAUCCGGUUGGCAGGUUCCAAAGACCCUCGAGCUUACUUCAAAACCAAGACAUGGUGGUGUGGACUGUUUCUGCUGGUGCUGGGAGAGCUGGGAGUGUUUUCCUCUUAUGCUUUUGCUCCUCUUUCACUGAUCGUGCCUCUCAGUGCAGUGUCUGUUAUAGCUAGUGCGAUCAUAGGAAUUAUAUUUAUUAAAGAAAAAUGGAAGCCCAAGGAUUUCUUGAGGCGUUAUGUUUUAUCCUUUGUAGGCUGUGGUUUGGCAAUUAUUGGAACUUAUCUACUGAUAACAUUUGGACCUAAUAGUCACGAGAAGAUGACGGGAGAAAAUAUCACUAGGCAUUUAGUGAGCUGGCCAUUUCUGUUGUAUAUGCUUUUGGAGAUCAUCGUAUUCUGCCUGCUACUGUAUUUUUACAAGGAGAAAAAUGCAAACUACAUUGUAGUUAUUCUCCUGCUGGUGGCUUUGCUGGGUUCCAUGACUGUUGUGACAGUGAAAGCUGUGGCAGGCAUGAUUGUUGUCUCAAUACAAGGAAACCUACAACUCGACUACCCAAUAUUUUAUAUUAUGUUGGUGUGCAUGAUUGCUACAGCAGUCUUUCAAGCAACAUUUUUAGCUCAAGCCUCACAGCUGUAUGACUCGUCUCAGAUUGCUAGCAUCGGCUAUAUCCUGUCCACAACAAUAGCUAUCACAGCAGGGGCAACUUUCUACUUGGACUUCACUGGCGAAGAUGUUCUCCAUAUAUGCAUGUUUGCACUUGGGUGCCUCAUAGCAUUUCUAGGUGUCUUCCUGAUCACAAGAAAUAGGAAGAAAUCUAUUCCCUUUGAACCUUACAUAUCAAUGGAUGCUAUGCCAGGCAUGCAAAACAUGCACGAUAAAGGGAUUGCAGUUCAGCCUGACCUCAAAGCUUCCUUUUCCUAUGGCGCCCUAGAGAACAAUGACAACAUGCCAGAAAUUUAUACUCCAGCUACAUUGCCAAUAGUGCAGGAGCAACAUGGUUCCAGAGGAGUUUCUGCUCCACCCUACCGGGUGCUGGAGCACAGCAAAAAGGAGUGAGUGACUGAUCUUUAAGGAACUGAUUUGAAUCUUCAGAAGUAUGACCUUUAUUUAUUUACCUGUUAAAAUAUAAGCAAGUGUAAAACCAACCUUGAUAUAGUUUAAAGCUUGUCUCAAACUUAACUUUCAAGGCUGCUUAUUAAAAUAAACAGCUCUCUAUAGUUGUGAAUUUGAAAGUGUUCAUCUUAGCAAGAAGCAAGUGACAGUUCUCCAUUGAAGGCUGCUAUCUGGGAGUGUGAAAUGCAGAAUGCAGUGUCGUGGCUUUAUGAAACCUACGGGAUGACAGACACUGUAGAAAUGCAGAGCUGUGGGAAGAGAAGUGAUCAUGCAAUUUUUAGCCCUGCUGGCAGUGAGUUUAUCUCCAAAUAAAAGUUUUCAGGGGUUGCUCACAGUGAGAGGAGGGAAGGAUUUAAUCUCUUACAGAAACUGAUGGUUUUCUGGAAAAGUUGUAAAUCCUCAUGUCUCUAACAUAACCACCAAGCUACCUUAACAUGGCAAUAAAAUGUAAUCAUUUUCAAGCAUGAAUAGUUGAACUUACUGUGUCUUCUUGGGCACUUCUGGUAUAACUGUUCUCCAGCUAGCAUUAAACGUAUGCACUGAGCACAUGAAUUAUUUUUAUAGCACCACUGGAUUAUAUGGCAGUUUAGAACAAAGAUUGUUUGCCAGUUUUCUGGUUUCAUAACAAAAGCUUCAAGUUGAAUCAAAUGGUACAGAGGGAACAUUGUGAAGUACAAGGAGGAAAUGAGAAUAGUUGCAUGACUAAAGGGGAUGUUUUUGUAGUUCUUGAAGAGGUCCUAAUUCUUUAUUUUUAUUUUUUUCUGUGGUUGAGGCAGGAUU